CAAGCGAUGCCAAGGUAAAUGCCAAGAUUCCCAGGAAAUGCAUGAACUACCAUGCAAUGAAAUUUGAAUUAAAGCAUCUCCAGAUUAAAAAAAACCUUGUUUGAUGGCCGAUGAUUGUGUGAUGUGAUUGAUGAUGUGAACUGCUUGUUGCAGAUGAACCUGUACUCCAAAAUGAUCUAACACCUUGCUAGAGUAUCUGUCACAACAGCGUCCUGGAACCUAACAAGAAAUUGCAUCUGGCAGUGCACAGUGUACUUGUUCUGCCUUCACAGAGCAGAACGACCCACUCAUCUCUGGCUUCAGAGAAGUUAAAUGACACAUUUGACAGAUGAUUUUACAACGCAAAAAAUACACACACACACACACACACCUCCACCUAGAGAGUGGGUUUUAAUUACCUGUAGAUUUCACUGACAAUACCACCCAUUUUUAAACAGUACGCAACGCUUUCAAAUGUGGUUAAUUAAUAGGAAAUGAAUAAGACCCUUUGACUGUUUCUCUCAUUAACAGUGUUGUAAGACAAUUUUACGCACACCCUUCGGAGCACUGAUAACGCGCAGGGGGCGAACGAUAACACACCAGACAACGGCACCUAUUCACUCCAAUCUUACAACAACCUCCGCCACGCGUGGAGUCCUGGGUGAAAACCGAUCUGUGGAAAAUUGGGGAGGAAAUAGCCUUCACGGGAUCAACGUUGCAGUAUAGAGUUACGGCGUAGGCCCCUCCCCCUGUCUGGCUCGCUCUUUUUUCUCAACCUCUCGGUUGGCUUUCCGAGAGGGCUCGCUCCAGCUCACGCUCAGACCGCUGAGAAAUAGCAGGCAGAAGAUGGCUGACUCGACCGGGCACUGUGAGCCCGCAACAGCAGCAGGACCAGCAGCAGCAGCAGCAUCAACUUCACUGGGGCUUCUGACGCGCCUGCCAUUCGCUGCCACUCUGCAACUCUAAAACGGCCCCGCCUCACUCAGUGCCGUGCGCGCCCGGGUUUUACCCCCAAAUAUUGACAAGAGAUUUAAAGAAAACAUGGCUGAGAUGGAGAAAGAGGGAAGACCCCCGGAAAACAAGAGGAGCAGAAAACCAGCUCACCCCGUGAAGAGGGAAAUUAACGCAGAGAUGAAGGUUCCGUCCAAUCGGCCCCUCCCAGGGGUGGGGCAGGCAGGCAAUCUCCAUGGCAACUCGCCCUACUUGAUGAGUUUUGCAGAAAACACCAUGAAUGAGUUGCUUGGAUGGUACGGAUAUGACAAAGUGGAGUUACGAGACUCAGACGACAUUGACAUCCGUAACUACCCUGAUGGAGAAAUGCGGCAGCACAUCUCUGUCCUGAAAGAGAACUCUUUGCCAAAAGCAUUCGCAGUGGAGAACAGCACUGGUUCUCCUCCACACGCCAACAGCUCUGGCUCCACUCCGACAUCACGUAAUGGAGUGUCGGCUGAGGCACCUGCAAACCCUUCCUCCUCCAAGGAGCAUGGAGGCCUGCCAAUCAUAGUGCCCUUAAUCCCGCCCCCUCUGAUCAAAGCACCAGCAGAGGAGGACACCUCUAAUGUUCAGAUAAUGUGUGCGUGGUGUCAGAAGGUGGGAGUUAAGCGAUAUUCUCUCAGUAUGGGCUCUGAGCUGAAGAGUUUCUGUAGUGAGAAAUGCUUCGCUGCCUGUCGACGUGCCUACUUCAAACGCAACAAGCUUGGAUAUGUGAGGAAUUGCAGUGCCAGAGAGGAGGAGGGCGUUCCACACCACAGCUUGUCCAAAGACACGCCCAGACUUGUGCUCAAGACAAACAGCGAUGUGCUUGUCUGUGAUUGGUGCAAACACAUCCGCCACACCAAGGAAUACCUGGAUUUUGGCGCAGGCGAGAGGCGUCUCCAGUUUUGCAGUGCAAAGUGUCUGAACCAAUAUAAGAUGGACAUAUUCUAUAAAGAGACUCAGGCUGCGCUGCCAGGGGGAUUGUGUAACCCGUCUCUCCCAGCGGGAGAUACAAAAUCAGAAAGUGGAGCAGGUGUACAGCUUCUUACACCUGAAUCCUGGAGCUCACCUCUGAAUGAGCUACGCGGUCGCAAGGCACCGUCACCAGCGGGUGCCACCUCUGUAGCUGGACCCUCUGGAUCUGGGUCUGGGUCACCGUCCGAAACUGGAACUGUGUGUUCAUCCUCGUCUUCAUCAUCAUCUUCAUCCUCGUCUACGAAAAUCCCCACACCACGGCCGCAUGAGAGCCCCAUGUUACCGCACUAUCCCCCACCACCUAUAUCUGGCUUCCACCCGGCUCUGGGUGUGCCGCCCGGCAACCCGCCGAUGGUCAUGACUCCCCGUGGUCCGGUUCCUCUUCCUAUCUUUAUGGAGCAUCAGAUGAUGCAGCAAAUUCGCCCUCCAUUCUUACGUCCCCAAGGCCCCAACAGCCCUCAUUCCAAUCCCAUGAUUCCCGGAAUCGGACCGCCACCCCCUACUCGGACUUUGGGUCCUCAGUCCAGCCCCAUGCACCGCCCGCUUCACUCUCCCCAGGUUCACCCAUCAUCCACUCCUACCCUUUCUGGAAACCAUCCAGGUAUGAUGUAUCCUCAACCUGGCUCCCACAUGCCAGGAUUGCCUUUCCCAGUUAACAUGAUGCCAGCUGGACCCAUUCCUGCACCGCCCUAUAUGAAUUUUGGCAUGCCCUCUCUUGCCCCUUUAGUGCCACCACCAACAUUAUUAGUGCCCUAUCCGGUUAUUGUGCCAUUACCAGUGCCCAUACCCAUACCAGUGCCCAUACCAUUCAAUCCGAAGGCACAAGGUGAUCGACCAGGAAAUGAUGUAACGUUUCCGUAUGCUGCAGGCGAGCGCAGUAAUUCACAGCUACCACCCUCGUUUUCUCCCAGCUCCUCUAGAGGGGACAGGAGGGACUUUCACCAAGCCCCGCCCACCUCAGAUACACUCUCACCAGACUUUUCUAAACAGACAGAGCAGAGUAGGACAAACAUGGUGGAUGUGAUGGUCAAAACGGAAAACAAUGGGAUCGUAAGCUCUAGACAUUUCCACAUGGACACACCAGCAGAUGGAGUCAUUGAUCUAACAACCAAUCGUCGCCCACGGCAACAGCAAGUCAUUCAGAGGGCUGUAACCUGUCUGCAGGUAAAGGCAGAGCCUGGGAUGAGCCCAACACCUCAGUUGGCUGAAGCUGAGGCGGAUGGGAUAGCCGGUACUAGCAAAAGCGAUACAGAGGAUAAUCAUAUAGACAGUAAUGCUAAAAGCCCAUUGGCUAGCGUAGCAUUGCCAUGUGCUGACCCCUCGUACUGCAAUGGCACUCCGCCUCUUUCUCAGCCAAUCACAUGCAGCACAAAAAUUGUUCCUAGCGACAUCUCCACAGCAAAAACCGAGCCUGGCUCUGCUAUGCCCUGCAACGUGAUUGUCAAUGGGACCAGUAAUGUGCCAUCUGCAGAGGCUUCAAUCAGGACUUCACCGUUGGAUCAUCGACCUCUGGUGGAGCCCUGCCGCAGGACCACCGCUGUGUGUGACGAACCCACUCCGACAGAUCUAGAAGGAGAGGACCUAAAAGAAAACAGCUGCCUGGCCACAGAAAAAGACUCAGCAGGUAAGAGGAGUUUAAAUGACCAGUCUGCUAUUACAACAGGGACAGGCGAGGACAAACCGCAGAGCCCUGAAGAUGUUCCAUCUGGUGAGGACCAUGCCUACGCUCUGCCCCUAAUGCCCAAACCCGGCUGUGUCAUUCAGCCUGUGCCCAAACCUGCUGACAAAACCACUGCCAUUCUGCCAUGUGGCUUGACAGCUCCAUUAACAGGAACAGUAGCUAUGGAAAUGGAGCCUCCGCUGAAGAGAAGGUGUCUGCGUAUCCGCAAUCAGAACAAGUGAAACCGGACAGAUGUAAACAUCACACCAAAGGGAUAAAGAGGAUUGCACUGCAGCAGAGACCAUCAGCUGUCCAGAAACUCACAAUCCUGUCAAUUAAAACGUCAACCCUGUUUCUCUACUCUUCUAACCCCCCACCAUACACACACACAAGACACACAUUGUGACAAUUUUCAGACAUAUCAACCAGAUUGGAAAGCAAUCUGUUUUAUCUCCACCCCUUUUGGCUAAACAGAGAAUGACACAAAGUGUCAAUCUGAAAACCAGGAUGGCUUUGAUGUUUGACCUUCAUUUACAAUGUCUUGAGGCAUGAGAUAAUUCCCAUCCACUCCACAACCUCCAUCCAUGACUAGCUGAACCCCCCCUCCCCUCCUUGGUGAAAGCAGUAUUACAAUGUUACAGUACAUGGAUUUCCAAGAGCUGCCAUUGGUCCACAUGAACUGCAUCUCUUUUGGUUUAAAGUGAUACGAGUGUUCAGUCAGAGAGGCUUAACACGGACCAGAGCAGCACACAAGAUGCAUAUUGAAUGCUAGCAACAUCCUGAUCUCUCUCUCCGCUCAAAUCUUUUAUUCUCAAUUUCUAUUCCUUCACUAUGUGUAUCUCCAACACCAGCAAAACACUGUACUUUAAUUCUGCCACUUCUUCUCCAGUCUCAGGGAGAAGUGUUCAGCAACCGGACACCAAAAAAGACAGAGAGACAAAGACACACCCUGAAGGGAGGAGAAAAAUCACAGAACAGAGAAAUGGGAUAAACAUUCAUAUUAUGUUCAGAAUGAAACAGGAAAAUUAUCCUCUGUUGGAGCAGGAUGGAAAGAUGACAGAAAGAAUUGAAGAAACGUGGAUUGUUUGCUGGUUUAUCUCCGUAUACUUGUGCAAUGACAAAUUCACUGAUUUGAUUGAGGAUAACAGGGUACAGACCUCAGCAAGCAUUAUAGCUAACUGGUAAAAUGGCUGCUAGCCUUGCGCCAUUGGCUUGGAGACUGUUCCACCCGCAUGGCAAAAACAACGUGCCGAUUCCAAUAGAUACACGUCACAUAACUCAAUGAAUAGUUGGUCUAACACUGCUGGUGGGUUGUGUACUGUUCACAUUGAUCUUAUGGAUCAGAUAGCUAAAAGGAGAUCAUCGGGGACACUUUGGUUUGGUUUUUCCUCGUUUAAAUCAGAAUCCAUUUUACCACGGUGCUCUUGCUAAAGGUUUGAAUGAGGACAAUCUCUCCUGGGUUUUCUAUUGGUGUAGUCAAAACCAGUUGAGCGUUUUGGUCAGCAGUGAGGUGGUGUCAAAGGUGCAUCCAUGAUGUUUGUUUUUGUUUUUUUAUGCUUUUUUUGCCAAAUCCUAAUCAGUGCUACAUUACAUUCAUCAAAUCCUGCUGUGGUUUACAGAAAGCAGUUUAAUUCAUAUUUACAAGGUGACUCAGUAUAGAGUUCACACACAGAAUGCCAAGAACAUUUUACUGAAAGGUAGAGGCCGGUUUGGAUAGGUGGUCGAAGAGCCGAAAUUAUAUUUGUUACAAGUACUGUAAGAGCUGAAUGCAUUGUUAGGAACUGUGUGCAUCUGUGACAGGAGCCAAUUUUUAAAAGCCAGUGUGUAUGUUAAAAAGAGAAUGUCACAUUUCUUUACUAACUUUGGCCAAAUUCAGUUUGACAAAACAAGGAAAUUUGCUUAAAUUAUUUUGAAAGAAUAAUGUGGUGUCAACAUUUUUCUGACAAAAUGAAAAGAAAAUCACAGAAAGAAAAUUCAGGCAUACAUGAAAAGAGUGAGCAUUUUUAAGUUACAUUUGUUUUGUUUUUCUCAACUCGCCAUCUGCCUGUACUGACCCAAAUCUCCCUACAGUCCUCUGACAUUCAAACUUGACCACUUUUCCAUCUUUUUCCCCAUUGCCCUCUGCUCCUGAAUGAUGUAUAAAGAGCUGUGGAUUCCUGCCCUAUUCCUCUUCUUUUCCUGCAGGAUUUGGUUUCACAGCGCUAUAUUUUUUAAAAGCAGGCUCAGAGGUCUAAUGAGUAAGGACUGGAUUUCUCUCUUGGGUUCCUAUGUGGCUAGGUCUCAUUCCAGUGUCAGAUUUAUACACACACAUUCCUGUGUCAGAUUUAUUUUGUCAGUGCUGAAAUGGUUGGCCUCUGUUUGGAUAGAAGUGUAGAGUACGGAUUGAUAAAAGGGCAAAGAUGCACAAACUGUACGGAAGAAAUAGUGUUAUAGAGUUGAGAUAUCAGAUUCAUGACACUGUGUGUGCAGUGCUAUCAAUUGAAUCAAAUCUUUAUUUUAAUUGGUUAAACAUUUACAUUUAUGCAUCUAAAGUGAAUGCAUUCAAGCUAUACAUUUUUUGUGUCCCCUGGUAAUCAAACCCACGACCUUUGGGCUACUUAACACAAUGCGGAUCGAGCUACAGUGUUGAAGACUGAAAAAAAGCAUUGUGUGUCUCAUGUUGACUCAGAUGUCCUCCCACUUUAUUUCUACAUCAUUUACUAUCCUCCCGUUUCAUAAUCAGCAUUUUCUCCUAUGUUAUCUUGUUUUUCUUUUUUUAAUUACAAUCAAGUUAUUGCCAAAUUGUUUUCCAAACUCUCCACGCCUUGGCUCUGCUUGGCAACCACAUCCGUUACCAUGACUACUUAAGUCAUUGCUAAGGAAACAUUUGAUGCAUUCAUGGGAUGAUGAAUUUUAGAAUCCUGUGUUAAGAUGGAUUAUGUCAUUAGGAGUUAACACUCGCGCACACACACACACAGUGCACACAGUUAAAAUUCAUCCGAACUAAAGUUUUAAUGUAUUCAUAGCACUUAUCCUAGGGAAAACUAGCCAUCUGUUUAACAACACAUAAGAGAAAUUAUUUAUUUAAAUUACGUUUAUUCUUGCUCAAACUGUCCUCCUGAAUAAACAUGAGCGCAUACCACUAUAACCCCCAAUAACUCACACCAAAGAUUCAGACAUGAAAUAUGAUUUUUUUCACUCCUUCGUGUGUGUGACCUUGCUGUUGAAACUAGAGCAGCACAGACUGGGCUGGGACAGAUAUAGCUCUGAUACUCAACACUGUUGUAGUGUCUGCGGUCCCACACAGACAAGACAAUGACACCAGCAGAAAAAUGUGUGUUUGAGUGUGUGUAGGCCACAGCAGAUGAUACUGUCCUUGACAACAACAGAGACUGUGUGUGUACGUUGUGUGAUCAUGGUAAACACUGUAAAAGUACAUCUAUCUCAAACAGAGAGUUGUGCACAUUCACAGUACACAUCUGAUCCAAUUCCCACACAAGAUUUCAUUGCUAUCAUAUACAUUAUACAGUAGCAUGUAUUACAGAUUGAAUUAAACCAUUUUUGAGCCGCAUUAUUUAGUAGCGGUCCUGAGUUUCAGAGUGUCCAGCACCCAGUGUGUCCAUUAGGGGGCAAUGAAGUCUGUGAACGAAGCUGUAAAGCUGAACUUAGAUUUAAAACAGUUCAAACAAUCCAAAAUAACCUUAGAAGAGAGUUGGCUAAAGUGCAAUACUGUAAUCCAAGAGCGUUUCAAAGGAUAUACUAUAGAGGCGCCUGUUAUAGUGGCCAAACAAUCUUUUAGCCCCGAAGCUGGUUAUAGAAGAAGCAUUUGUUUUUUUUAUUCACCAAAAUUAGUCUAAAAUGUCGGAGAGCUUCUGUUUAAUCAGAGAGGGUAACUUGAGCACUGCUUUGGCAAGGAUUGGUGGUCACACACACACACACACAAAAACACAAAUACACCAACUCCAAAAUACCAGCAAAACCACCAGUCCCAUCCUUCACCGUGCACUAUUAUAUGAGCGAAAGUAAAACAAUGUAAUCAAAGCAAAGCACUCCCACCUCACUUCUACUGCAAUGCUGUAAAAUCAAGUCAAGGGAAACACUUAUGUCAGUUUUCACAAUGAUUAAAGCAUGAAUCAAAAGGGUAUUAUCACAAUAUUCCUGUAGCCAUGAACGAGGCAUUUUCGAUCGGCGGGCUUAUAAACAGAACGGCUUUGUCAACAGCCAGAAUUAUGCAACAACAAAUUCCUAUUUCUGCACUCUGUGUGAGAGGCACUACGUCUGUGUAAAUCAAAAACAAAAAAGAAGCAAGCUGCAGUUUUUAAGGAUCAAAUGUUAAAACCUUUUUUCGAGGUCGAGAUCUGAGCUGCCUUAAUUCUUUGUGUGCUCUGUAAGUAACGCCUGCUUGUUUCAAUCCCACUUUGUAAAAACACACAAAUAACAAAACCAACUUUGUUAUCUGGCUAGUAUGGAUGUAUAGAUGCUUUGUCUGUAUGAAUCAGAGAUUUUGCUAAAUUUGCUCACCAUCCCUUGACCCCGAACCCUUGUACAUUACCCUUGUUGUUGUUUCUCAAUCUUUUUUGUGUACUUGCAGAACAUUUUAUAGUAUUAUUUAUUACUGGCAAGCCUUUGCAUUUGCAAAUAAUAAUAAAAAAUACAAGAAAGAUGGUUCUUUGAACAGGGUAGCAAGAGGCAGCCAAGCUGCCCAAUGAAAAGUCUGUGUGUUUGUUUUUGUUUGUUUAUUUGUUUUCUAAAUUAAGGAAGGAAACAGCAAAAGCAAAAGAAAAAAGAUAAACUUCUCAUUUGAUUAUGAAGUUGUUAUAAAACUUGUUGCUUUCAAAUGUAUCAUUUUUGUGUUGUAACAGUAUUUGUUUAAUCCAGUGAAUUGCUUAUUAAAACAAAUAAAUAGAGGCACA